AUGUCCACCCUCAACCUCAGCCCGCAGCUGGACGAAUGGAUCUUGAUAGUGUGCCUGAUGCAACGCUCACAACAGUCCUUCGAAGAUGCACACCCCCAUCUUAUGAGUAUUCUGAAAGAAGACUUCGACAUCCGAACCAUGAACAGACCGCAUCAAAUCCUCAAACACCUGGAAGACUCCCCAGACCGAGAAACGCCCCUCCCAGACGCUGUCUUCCUAGUUGACAAAGGCCCCCUGCUCGCCAUCCACCACCCUCUCUGGGAUGGGAUCCUCGAAUACGUCCGAAAAGGUGGUCUAUGCAUCACAAUGGGCGACUUCUCUCUCUGCAAACACAUCGACGAUGCAUUCUUUGUCAGGGCAGGCUUACCCUGGCGGAUGGGUAGACGUCACCGGAUGAGAGUGACGCUCAAUCAAGGCGCCGCGGACGCAUUUCUGGAUGGAGAUUUGGAACAGUUCUAUGAGAUGGAAGGCAAAUCUAUUCGGAACGAUGGAUUGGGUGAUCGUUUGUACAAUACCCUUCCGAUGGAAAAAGAUAAGCCGUCUCUUCCAGGAGAGACGACUGUUGCCAUGGGUCGGGUUGGUGAUGGAUGGCUAGGCUAUGUUGGAGAUAUCAAUCUUGAGAAGGAGUCUUGUUAUGUAAUUUAUGGGAUGUGUGUAUUCAUGGGGUAUAUCUAA